UGACAGUCUCACAGCACUAGGAGCCAACAGUCUCACAGCACAAGAGCUGACAGUCUCACAUCACUAGGAGCUGACAGUCUCACAGCACUAGGAGCUGACAGUCUCACAGCACUAGGAGCCGACAGUCUCACAUCACUAGGAGCUGACAGUCUCACAGCACUAGGAGCUGACAGUCUCACAGCACUAGGAGCCAACAGUCUCACAGCACUAGGAGCCGACAGUCUCACAGCACUAGGAGCCGACAGUCUCACAGCCCUAGGAGCUGAAAGUCUCACAGCACUAGGAGCUGACAGUCUCACAGCACAAGAGCUGACAGUCUCACAGCACUAGGAGCCGACAGUCUCACAGCCCUAGGAGCUGAAAGUCUCACAGCACUAGGAGCUGACAGUCUCACAGCACAAGAGCUGACAGUCUCACAGCACUAGGAGCUGACAGUCUUACAGCACUAGGAGCCGACAGUCUCACAGCACUAGGAGCCGACAGUCUCACAGCACUAGGAGCCGACAGUCUCACAGUAACUGCUCAGGGAUGAAUGAAGGAGUCACUUACGCCGACCUGAAGUUUAUAAACUUACCCCUGAAGGAAUGUCAGACAGCAGAAGCAGAAGACAAUGAAGAUGGGGCAAUGUAUGAAAAUGUAAAUCCCAACCUCAACAUUCCCAGCAGGAGGGCAGAAAACUCAGCUCGGGGCAGCAGUGGGAAUGUGGAAGCGGCUGGAGAGCCCCUGAAAUUGCCUUCUAAUGUGACUCUGUUGCUCCUGCUGUUCUGCCUCAUUUCACUCUCCUCCACCAUUGGGGUGACCAUUAAAUAUUUUCAAGUCUCCAGAGAAUUACAGACAAUUUCCAGAAAUUACAUUGAACUCAACAGCAGCCUGUCCCGGGCCAUUCAGAGCACGGAGUAUGAGCGCACACUCACCAACAUGGAACUGACUAGCACCCAAUAUGAGUUAAACCAACUGGGAGAGAGACAUACGAAGCUGAACAGAACUCUGCAGCUCUGCUAUGGGACUGAGCGACAGACUAAGGAGAGUUUGAUGGAGACGGAGAGAUUGUACAAGGAAACAAUGGGGGAAAAACAACUUGUGAUUGAGGAAAAGCAAAAGAUCCAAAUGAGUCUGGAACACAAAGAAGAGCAACUCAAGAUGCUGAAUGGAGAAACAUGUCCUGAGAACUGGAUCCUGUUUGGUAGGAGAUGUUUGUAUUUCUCUGAAGAUGAAAAUACCUGGACGGAGAGCAGAAUAUUCUGUGAGAAGGAAAAGGCCUCUCUCCUGGUUCUCAGAAACAACGACUGGAAACUAAAGGACUUUAUUGCCAAGAAACAGACUGACUAUUGGAUCUGGAAGUCUGAAUGGGACCAGUCAAUUGAGUUUCCGAGGUACAGAAAGUUCUACUGAU